AGUGAGCCUCGGUCUAUGCGACGGCGAUUGUUGCUUUGUCAAUUCCAUGGAGCUCGACUUCGUCGUUGUUUUUUCUCACUUCUCGUGUCCAUUUUACUGCCCUUGCAGUUGCGGAUUAGGUUAACUGCGUCUUCAUUUUGCACCUCUUGGUGAUUCUCAAUGCAAUACGGGCUGUUUUGGGGGUUAUUUUGAUGCGGGGUGCUGUGUUGUAGCCCAUUUGGCUGAAUUGGUAGGGUUUUUGAGCUUGGGAGAGGAGGAUAUGGGAUGAAUGUGUUGUUGUUUUUGUGCAGCGAGUGGAUGCGGGAGUUGGUCCAGUUUGAGCAUUUCGUCGGGAGGAAGUUUGAAAGCAAGGAACGGUAGUUGGGAGGGUGCUUUGAGUGAGGUUUUGGGUGGGAGGAGCGAGCCAGCAAGCUCAGUCGCACUUGACUGGUGGUUGCGUUUGUGGGGUGUAGCCCACGAAGUCAGACGCAGUGGUUAGCAACCGUUUCCCGUCGACCCCUUUGUAGAGUUUCUCGAAACAGCUGGGGCAAUGUCUGGACCUAGCAGAACUUUGUAAUUUUGAAGAAAGGCUUAUCGCCUUGCAAUGCUUAUCGCCUUCUCGUUGUUGGUUGUCUAUACAAGGUUUGUAUUUUUUGCGAAAAAUGUUUUCUUGUAGUACGAAGGUGGCAUUUUUUUACAUAUUCAUAUGUUGAGGUUUAUAUGUGGUUUGAAAGCAGCUUUUCGACACCAUAUCGUCUCCUUCAGAUUCUGGAGGUAGUUUUAGCAGAUGCUAAUCUGGAAAAUCUGAGAAUUAUACGAUUUUUUCAAGUAGAACGUUGGGUUCAGGUUAGGUCUACACCAUAGCAAGGCUUUGUUUUGCUGUACUGGUGUUAGUUUUAGCAGUCGGUAUUACAAAGAGAAAUGAAAUCGUAAGAGGUGCUGGAAGCAUGGAUUACUGAGCUAUCAAAUUUGAUAAAUGGGAGGAAGAGCAAAAUGAUAGACACCCUGUUAAUGCGGCGGUGACUUUUGAAUACCUUAGCUCCAAGUUCAGAAUCUGGAAGAAUUCAAAGAGCAGGCUUUUCUCCAACAAUCGCACGUAUCGUUUCAGUUGCCGCAUCUACGGCGCUUGUAGGGGAGCAAAAUCAUCCGUGGCUCUGCAGGGCGCUUGUCAAUUCGAGAGACGUAAUAUCAAGAUGCAGAAUGCUAAGCGACCCGCUCCGAAUGACCAACAAGAUGGGGACGAACGGAAGUCCAAGAAGAAAAGGGAUCCGGCCGAAUCGGAGCUUCGUAGGUCCAUCGACAUGUGUUCGAAGCAUGCAGAUGCUAUGGGUGCUAUAGAAAUCUAUGAUAAGGUGGUUGCUGAAGGAAAGAUGUCUUUCAAUCAGUACAGUUACAAUGUGCUUCUCUACUUAUGCUCUUCCGGAGCGACAGGUUCACUUAAGCGCGGAAAAAGUGGAAAUAGCGAGAGGCAGAAGAGCAAUGCGCAGGAGAAAUUGACGAAUAGUGUCAGUGACGAACAGAAGGUUCAUUCCAAUGUUGAGGUGGAUACCUCUGAGGAAGUCGUACUGACAGACGAACAGAAGCAGUUAUGUCUUCAACGGGGCUUUGCUGUCUAUGAAGCGAUGAAGUUGCAAGGAGUGCCUCCGAAUGAAGCAACUUUUACUGCCGUAGCACGACUUGCAGUGGCGAAGGAUGAUGGCGACCUGGCUUUUGACAUGGUUAAGCAGAUGGCAAAAGCUAAGCUUUCUCCCAGGCUGAGGUCAUACAGUCCUGCACUGCACACUUACUGCAAAUUGAAGAAUAUUGAGAAGGCAUUUGAGGUUGACGAGCACAUGUUGGCAGCCGGCGUCCAGCCUGAAGAAAGUGAAUUGGAGGCGCUCUUAAAGUUGACAGCUGAUGCAGGGCUUGAAGACAAAGUCUAUCCUCUCUUGCAUCGCAUACGAACUACUGUUCGAGGACUUUCACCAUCUACUGCUGGAGUAGUUCAGCAGUGGUUUGAAAGUAGCGCUGGUGCAAACGCUGGCAAGUCAAAUUGGAAUUCUUUGCCGAGCCAAGAGACAGUGAAAGCGGCUUAUGAGAGCCGCGGCGGUGGGUGGCACGGACUGGGCUGGCUGGGUCGAGGUUCAUGGGAAGUCAAACCUAGUGAACUUGAUGCGAAUGGCGUUUGUCAAGAAUGCGGAGAGCAGCUUGUUACAAUCGAUAUCGACCCAAAAGAGACAGUGAUGUUCGCCAAAUCCUUGUCAGAGUUGGCUUGUCAGCGAGAGGGAAAAAGCAAUGAGUUUAAAAAGUUUCAGGGUUGGCUUGACCGACAUGGGCCUUUUGAUGUUAUUGUAGAUGGAGCAAACGUUGGGUUGUUCAACCAAAAUUUUGGUGAAGGUGGCUUCAACUUCCACCAGCUGAACUCCGUGGUGAAAGGAAUUAAAGAAAAGGUAGGUUCGAAGAGGGAGCCUCUUAUAUUAUUACAUCACAGGCGAACCAGAGGAGGGCCUGCAAGUUCCUCUUUUGCCAUUAAAAUUCUUAACAAAUGGCAAGAGACGCAUGCCAUCUAUACAACGCCUACAGGAUCAAACGAUGAUUGGUAUUGGCUAUUCGCUGCAGUUAAGUACAAGUGCAUUCUUGUGACCAAUGACGAAAUGCGUGAUCACUUGUUCCAGCUGCUUGGGAACGACUUCUUUCCUAGGUGGAAAGAACGCCAUCAGGUUCGGUUUUCGCUCAGCAGGGAGGGUCCAGUUUUCCACAUGCCGCCUCCUUACUCCAUGUUAAUCCAGGAAUCUGUAAGUGGGUCCUGGCAUAUUCCAAAGAGCGGUGGUGAGGAUGUUUCCGCACCCGUGAAAUGGUUGUGUGUAACCCGCACUGGUCAACCAAACCCCGAGAUUUUGAAAGUAGAAGAAAAGCUGAACCAUUUGCUGGCUGGAGCUGGAGAGACUGGUCCUGAUAGCAAGCCAGUUGAGGAGGCUAAUUCAGAGCUUAAGCAGACAUAACAAUCGUUCGAAAGUUGCCACCACCAGCAACCUCCAGUCAAAAUCCCCCCCCCCCCCCCCCCCCCCAACAGUAGCUGAAUCCACUGGACAUGCCAGUUCUGGAGUCAUUGGCAUCCACUCGAUUUAAUCACUAGAUUUUUACACACUGGAUUUAGCGACUACAUCAUUCAAAGUAAGACAACAGGUAGAGGAGCAUCUUGAAGGUGGAGUAUUUUAUACAUUCUCUUUCAUGGAAGGUUUCUGAUUGGAUUUUGUUUAUUAUCCUGAGAAAACAGAUAUGAUUCUGUUGAGAAAUAUAGAAUUAGCUUGUUCAACAUGCUGAACUUUGUGAGGCUCUGAGUAUAACUGGCACGAGUUCUUACUUCGUUUUUAUUUAUUUAUUGUUUUUGUGUUGGUUUUCAUUCAUGUUUUUAUUAUCCUUUUUCGCAUGGAGACUAAGAUCUUCGUCGUCAUAGGAUCUGGAGCACAAUGAAAGCCGGAGGUGUACUGACCCCUCUUAAUUGCAGUCUUGACCUUCCCAGGGCCUUCAAGUCCCAACAAGCCUGUCCAUCAACAUGAGACUGUAGCUGGAAUAAUUCUGGUUCAUUUUUUUGAGUACCAAUCAGUUUGGUCUAAUAGUGGAAUCCUUGAUCGAUUAUGUCUUGAAUUGAUUGAUAUCAUAUACAUUAAACUUAACUUUUUUACAA